CUCAAGAAAGCAACUGUCAAAACCAUUGAUUGCUUAUUCAGAACUCAGAAAUUUGAAGUUUUGUUGAUAAAUAUCUAAAAUCAAGAUUGAAAAUAGUUUUUUUGAAUAGAUUCAAAAUUUUGUUCUGUUUGUAGUUAAGGCAGUUGACUGUUCACAGUCCCCCCAAUUUAAGCAAAUUUCCCCACCUCAAUAAUAACAUAAAGUUUUUAGGUACUCACUUCUCAGACUACUUAAAGACACAAGAGGUGUGGGUCCAAUCUGACCCACCUCAAUAUAUUUCCAAGGAGUCCGCAAAAACAAACAGCAACACCCUUGGCCAAGGAAUUUUCAGUACAAUAAAAAUAGCCUUGGCACGGCUGAAUUUCACAGUCCACCCCUCAAUUUUUUUACAUUGCUGAAUUUAGCCAAGGCAAAUGAAUAAAGGAAAUGGCAGAGAAAGCAGAUAGCAGCUAUUCCACAAGUCUUGAAGAUUCACCAACUGUAAAUGCACCAAUGGGUUGUCCUUCAAGAAAGGUGUGUGAUAAAUUUCUGGGUUUUUUCAGUUCUUGGAGAAGGAACACACCUCCUACUGGUAGAAGAAUUUUCCAUAGGGAUGUCGAACAAGAUGACUUCCAGUAUGCAAGUACUCAUUGUCUCUCAUCAUACUACAGUGUUUUCGUGGUUCGUCUGGCUAUCAUGGUCAUGCUAGCUAUUUUGAUUGGGCUGCUAACCAUUCUAACAUGGCAUUUCACAAGGAGUUAUACAAAAAGGUCACUAGACACCUUAGCUUCUGGCCUUCGUUAUGAACUUCUACAACGCCCCAUAUUAAGAAUGUGGAACAUUUUGAAUUCUACUUCUGAGAUAACUACAGCCCAGGUUAAGCUGUCAGAGUAUGUAAUAAGACGGUAUAGCAAGCCAGCUACUCAAGCUGAACAAGUUGAGCUGUAUGAAGUAAUGAGGGAUGUGACUUGGGCACUGUUUGCGAGUCGCAAAGCUCUCAAUGCCAUAACUAUAACUUACAGAAAUGGCUUUGUUCAGGCUUUCCACAGAGAUUAUCGCAGUAACAGUACAUUCUAUAUCUAUUCUAAUCUUGUAAAUUAUUCAAUCAGUGGCAAUGAGCCUUAUGAUGUCAAUAAGUUGUCCUCACAUCAAAAGUGGAAUGAACAAUCCAUUCAUGGUAACCUUUCAGCAAUUUGGUACCGUGAACCACUUGAUCCUCUAACAGGUGAAAAGAAAGGAAAAGCAAGCCAAAUUCCACCAGAUGAUCUAAUCAAUAUUGCAGGCUUUUCACAAGUACCAGAUGGGGUUGCUUCCUGGCAUGUGGCAGUAAGCAAGUAUACUGAUUCACCACUGCUUUCAGCAGCAUUGCCUGUAAGGGAUGCUUCCAACAAAAGCAUAGUGGCCGUUGUAGGAGUUACUACUGCGCUCUCCAGCGUAGGCCAGCUGAUGAGAGAACUUGUUGAAGUCCAUGGUGGACACAUCUAUCUGACCUCUCAAGAGGGUUAUUUACUGGCUACUUCCACAAAUGCUCCUCUCUUAAGAAAUUCAACAACAGGGCCCAAGCUUAUGAUGGCUGUUGAUUCUGAGGAUCAAAUAAUACAAAUGGGAGCUCAGUGGUUAGAGAGAGUCUAUGGAAACAAGUUUCCUCCAGGGCACAUUGUUCAUGUAGAGAAUGCGAAGCUUGGCCACCAACAAUAUUACAUUGAUUCAUUUUUUCUAAAUCUAAAGAGACUGCCUAUAGUGGGGGUUAUCAUCAUUCCUAGAAGAUAUAUAAUGGGGAAGGUAGAUGAGAGAGCUUUCAAAACAUUGCUUAUACUGAUUUCUGCAUCCGUAUGCAUACUAGUCAUUGGAUGCGUCUGCAUAUUAAUUCUCACAAAUGGAGUAUCAAAGGAAAUGAAGCUGAGAGCAGAGCUGAUAAGCCAUCUGGAUGCAAGAAGAAGGGCGGAGGCAUCCAAUAAUUACAAAAGCCAAUUUCUAGCAAACAUGAGUCAUGAAUUGAGGACUCCUAUGGCUGCCGUGAUUGGGUUGCUGGAUAUUCUUAUCUCUGAUGAUUGUUUGACAAAUGAACAAUAUGCAACCGUCACUCAGAUUAGAAAAUGCUCCACAGCUCUACUUCGGCUUCUUAACAAUAUAUUAGAUUUGAGCAAGGUUGAAUCUGGAAAGCUAGUGUUGGAAGAUACUGAGUUUGACCUGGGACGAGAACUUGAAGGACUCAUGGAUAUGUUCUCUGUGCAGUGCAUUAACCACAAUGUGGAGGCUGUUUUAGAUCUUUCUGAUGAUAUGCCAAAAUUUGUUCGAGGAGACUCAGCCAGAGUUGUGCAAAUAUUUGCAAAUCUCAUUAGCAAUUCUAUCAAGUUUACAACAUCGGGUCACAUUGUUCUCCGUGGUUGGUGUGAAAUUGCUUUCAAUGAGACCACAAAGCUUCCCCUUGAUCAGAAGAAAGCACGGUGUGCACUUAAGACAAAAUUGAGGCAGCAGGGGAACCACAUGAAGAAGACCUCUAAGAAAGAAAAUAAAGUGAUUCUUUGGUUUGAAGUUGAUGACACAGGCUGUGGAAUUGACCCAAGCAAAUGGGAAUCAGUAUUUGAAAGCUUUGAGCAGGCAGAUCCCUCAACAACUAGAUUGCAUGGUGGCACUGGUCUUGGACUCUGUAUUGUUCGAACCUUGGUUCACAAGAUGGGUGGAGAAAUAAAAGUUGUAAAGAAGAAUGGACCAGGAACUCUAAUGCGGCUUUACUUGCUGCUUAGUACAACUGUAGAUGGUGCAGAGCAGAAUUGCCAAGUAGAUUUUGCCAGGCAUAAUGUUGUGACUCUGCUAGCAUUAUAUGGCUCUAUGGGUAGAGUUGUCAUGUCCCAAUGGUUGCGUAAAAUUGGACUGCCCUCUUUAGGAGUAUCUGAGUGGAAUGAGUUGACACAAGUUCUUCAGGAGCUCUUUUACUCUAGAAGACACGAUAGUGCCUUUGAGGUUCAGUGUUCUUUGAAUGAACCGUUAAAAGCAGAAGUUCUCAAUAUACAAGAUGUUAGGGACCCUUUAUUUGUAAUAGUUGUGGAUAUAGGGUUGCUUGACUUGAGUACAAAUAUAUGGAAGGAACAACUUAACUUCCUUGAUAAGUUCUCUGGGAAAGCCACAUUUGCCUGGAUGCUAAAUCAUGAUACUUCUAAUGCAAUAAAGAUGGAGCUCCGAAGGAAGGGGCAUAUAUUGAUGGUCAAUAAACCUCUAUACAAGGCAAAAAUGAUUCAGAUUUUGGAAACUGUCAUAAAGGAACAACAAAAGAAAAGUUUGAAUGCUGUGAGAGCUAUAGCAAAAGAUGAUGAUAUGCAUGAAUGUCUCGAGAUUGAUUCCAUUCAGUUUGACAAUGCAAGUUCUGAAGAUUCUGAUAUGCCUGAAAUGGGUAAUUCUAAUGCUCUAAAUGCAUUUCUUCAUGGGGAGAAACAGAAAGAUGGAGGACGGAUCACAUGUCCAUCACAGUAUCAAACAUUUAAGGGGAGUUUAGUUGAAUUGACUGAUCUGCAUUCAGAAGAAAAUAAUUUGGGGAGGGAGGAUACAUGUCAAAUCAACCUCAACUUGCCUGAUGCCAAAGAGGAAACAGCUAUGUUGAUGAACAAGAAACAAGCACCUUUUUCAACAGUCUCUGAAAGUGAAAGUUCAAAGCACUGGGAACAACAUUCAGAAAGUAGUUGUCCUAAAGGGAAAGCUAAUUCAUGCUCCAGCAAAGCUGUGAAUGAACGGAAAGCUCUGGAGGGACUAAGGAUCCUUCUAGCAGAAGAUACUCCAGUUCUGCAAAGAGUUGCAGCUAUCAUGUUAGAAAAAAUGGGAGCUACAGUUACUGCUGUGGGAGAUGGACUGCAAGCAGUGGAUGCUCUAAAUUGCCUACUUAACGCAAAAGAGGGUAGAAGAGAAUCUCUCGAGCAAGAUGGAAAUAAAGGUUCACAAACUGAGAUUCAGGAUUGCCUGCCAUAUGACUUGAUCCUCAUGGAUUGUCAGAUGCCAAAAAUGGAUGGCUACGAAGCAACAAAAGCGAUUAGAAAGUCAGAAGCUGGAACAGGAUUUCACAUUCCCAUUGUUGCAUUGACAGCCCAUGCAAUGUCAUCGGAUGAAGCUAAGUGCUUGGAGGUGGGCAUGGAUGCGUAUCUAACAAAGCCAAUUGACUACAAGCUGAUGGUAUCCACCAUUCUAUCACUCACUAAACGAACAACCUAACUUUUCUUGUCACUUGUAACAAAAUAUUAUCUCAAGUGGUUUUUGGAUGUAAAGUUGGAUCAUUUCACUCAAAAUAUAAUAUAACAUGUAUGUGAUUAGAAAUAAUCCCAAUUUUCCGUGUCCUGUCACAGAAUAAGGGAUUUUUUCCUUGGAAGUUCA